UAGGUUCAUUGGCUGCUGCCGUGUAGUUCCAUUACACUUUCUAGCAUUUAUCGCUUCUGUCCUCUCUCUCUUUUUCUUUUCUCUCUCUCUUGGGUCGUCUUCUCUCUUUCCCCUCGGCUUGAUAUUAUACCGACAGGUCUCCUGUCAAAUGGGGCUUCUCUCGUUAUGGCUUAUGCUUAGAAUUCGGAGCUGCUUCGCCUUCUGAAAUGUGGGUAUUCUCUUAUGGAGGUGCAGACGUAGAGGCAGUAGAUGAUCUUGUGUCUUAUCAGAGUCUCUGGUUACCUACUACUGAUGUUAUUAGGUUGAAACAGGAAAGUAAUUUUACCCUGCAAGACAAUAGUUCGGAUUUUCUCUCGAGGAAAUUCAGGAUGCAAACUCUUUGCUUCAAAGAACAUGGAGGAAUUGCCCACAAUUCUGCUUCUCAGUUGUCUCCAUUUGCUUCAGUUCCCUGGUGGAGUUCCCUUGGAUCACAACCGCCCUACGGCGAGUCAUUUGGUCAAUUGAAGUCUUUCUCUUUGGACAAUCCUAGUGGUGGAAACCAACUUACCGCUGCUCCUCCACAAGCUCAGCUUGGUACAGACCAUGGACAAGGAAAGGACAGCUAUAGUACUGCUCAUUUCACCAUCUUUCCUGGUGAUAGCAGGGAUUCCGGGAAGGGGAGCAAGCCUCAGCAAAUUCCAUCAACCAUUGCUCGACAAUCAUUCCCACCUGAUUAUCAAGUGCGUGUUGAAUUAGGACUUGGUCAACCAAUGGCUUGUGCAAAUUAUCCUUAUAUGGAUCAAUGUUAUGGAAUCUUUACAACUUAUGGAUCUCAGACAGUGAUGAAUCAGGGACGGGUGAUGUUGCCAUUGAAUAUGACAGAAGAUGGACCCAUUUAUGUGAAUGCAAAGCAGUACCAUGGAAUCAUUAGGCGUAGGCAGUCUCGUGCAAAGGCAGAGAUGGAGAAUAAGUUGAUCAAAGUUCGGAAGCCAUAUCUGCAUGAGUCACGCCAUCUUCAUGCAAUGCGUCGAGCAAGGGGAUGUGGUGGUCGCUUCCUGAACACAAAGAAUACAAAUAGUCAAAAGGGUACGAAUGACACAGGCAAAGCAAGCAAUGUUCAGUCUUCUGGGUCUCCAACCUCUGAAGUUCUGCAAUCUGAAAGUGCGAAUGCAAACACAUCAAGAGAGGCAUCCGUUGGUGCAGGGUUGGAGGUGACUAGUUUGUACUCUAGAGGAAAUUUCGAUCGUUUUCACAUUGAUCGUCUCCAUCCAUCUGCUUUCCAUUCAAAUAUUGUUGAUAGUGGGCAGGGUAUGGGAAUAACCAGCAAGUGGGUUGCAGCAGCAGAUGGCUGUUGUGACCUUAAAGUUUGAAUGCAAGGAUAAAAAUGGGGUUGUUUAUGUUUUACCAUCGGCUUGUUUGGGCUCUGAUAAGAUGUAGGCAGGAAGCUCAACAGCUGUGUAUUCCACAUGAACAAUCCCAUCCUUGCCUCAACUGAAUGGAGGAGCUCUGUUGCAUUGCUGUUUGUGGUUACUGCAACAGGUUCUGGUCGAGGGAUGGUCCCUACCGCCAUUUGGUUGUUAUCAAAAGGCAAUUCAUUCUUGGCUUUCUCUGCAUUGAGGCCCCUGUCAACUCAAGGCUGUCUGUGUCUCAGGGCUGUCAAGAGUGCUGGGGUCCUUUAUGUAUUGUAAAAAAAAAAAAAAACAGAAGAAAACUGAACCAGUUAAGAGCCCCAUUUGGUAUGUUCAAGUUUACGAGUUUUAAAAGACAAGAAAGUUUGGUUGUGCUUAAUGCUGAUAUUUGUUUGGUGUUGUGACUUAAUUACAAUGGCUAGUGUUUGGACUUCUA